UGGGAGAUCAACUUCAUUUUCCUUUAGCCAACUCAGAAUCCGUUGUUGAUUGACUUCUGUAAGCCUUUUUAAUCAUACUCAUACAAUUAUUACUGCAUGUAACUUCCACAAAAUCUCUCUACUAUUUCUUGAAAUUUCAAUCCCCAAUUCGUAUCAAAAUUAUUUCCGUUUCACCCAUAAAAGGAACAUGUUUCUGAAUUCAUCACACCCCUUCAGUUCAAAUUUUCUUCCACAGAUGCAUUAGUGUUUAUACAUAAAAUAGUGAAGUGGGUAUUAAUCACAAAGACGAAUCAGCAAAGGAAAAUCAAGAAAUUGAUUGAAAUGGAUCGUAUCGGUGGCUUACCAGAUGGUAUUCUGAUCGCUAUACUUAGUUUUCUUGACACUAAAACUGCUGUAAGGACAUCAGUAUUGUCGAAAAGAUGGAAAUUGGUUUGGACUUCUCUCCCUGUUCUUGAUUUCGAGAAUGUUCCUUAUUCAAGAUGGAAAUCACGAAUAGAAUUUAUCUUCUUUGUUAGACAUGUUCUUGCUCGUCGUUGUAAUUCUCAACUUGUUAAGCUUAGGCUUUCUGUGGACGAUAUAGUUUACUCAUCUUUCAGUGAAGAAUGUAUGACUUAUGCUGCUGAUCAUAGAGUUAAAAAUCUCAUAAUCUCUGCAUUUACUACUGAAAACCCCGUGUUUAUACCAACUUGCUUGCUCUCUUCUCAAUUUCUUGAAUUCUUGGAACUCAAUUGUGCGAUUCGUUAUACUAUAACAUUGCCAAAAAGUUGGACUUUUACCAACUUGAAGGUUCUCAAGUUGAAGAAUUUUGUGUUUAGUGAUGACAAUUUUGAUGAUGGGAAAAUCUUUUCUGGAUGUCCUAAGCUUGAGAGUGUGAUUUUGUGCAAAUGUGCAAUUAAGGGUAGAGGUGAACUUAAGGAAUUGGAAAUGAAAUGCUUGGAGUUAAAGAAAUUGGAGAUAUUAUAUUGGAGGAGUCCUUUGAGUUGUUAUGACAUACAUAGGAUCAAUGUGAUUGCUCCAAAGCUUUCGUCUUUUGUGUUUAAAGGGCAUGUUGCUAAGGUGUGUUUUAAGGAGGAUUUGGGUUGUUUAGAUAGAGUUUGUAUUGACUUGCGGUAUCCUAAAUGGAACUCCGCUGAAGAUCGAAAGAGAUGGACUGGUGAAUGCUUUAUGACCAUGUUUGGACAAUUCUGCAGCGCGAGGUUUCUAUCUUUGUCCAUUGACACCGUUGAGGCUCUCUCUGCUAUUUCUGGAAUACGUGAAUAUGUUACUUUUGGCAAUUUGAGGCAUAUAAAGUUCGUAACUGAGGAUAGAUCUUCAUCAGUAACUAUGCCCAUUAAUGCUGUUGCUGACAUACUGAAGUGCACUGCUGACGGAUACUUGGUGUUCAACGCGUCCGAGGAUAACAAACUAUCCACUCUUGGCGAAUCAUCACAUUCAGAUGGAAGAAAAGCGAAGAAGGAUAGCAACAUCAUUGAUGUACCUAUACAUCUUAUGUCCUACUUACUGGAAAUUGCUCCUCGUGCAGAAUCUUUGACAGUUGAAUUUGCUAAGGAAUCGUUUGAAUGUGUUGAAGUGAGAAGUGAUGGGGAAGAGUAGUUUGAUAUACCAAGAUUCACGAAAUGUAAGGCCCACUGUCUAAUUUUGUCGCGAAAGACACAUGUAAUGUCCUCAUGCUCAAUCUUAUCAUUUUUUGGAUUCAGUUAAAUGAAUAACACAUUCUGGAAAUACAACUUUUUGGUUUCAUGUGUUUACAUGUAUGGUUUAGUUCGGUUAACUGUAAUGUCUGUUACUUCAAUCAGGUUUUUUGUAAAGCGAAUAUUGUGAAUUAAACCAUAAUGAAGAUGGUACUGCA